AAACGACAGGCCCGCCCGCGCGCCCGCUGCUGCUGGUCCUGCUGCUGGUGGCUGGUUCUCGCGCUCGCUCUCGCUCUCGCUCGGGCUCGGGGAGUGAGAGAGUGAGGGAGAGUGUGUCUUGCUCGCGCUGUCUGAGUCUCUGUGUCCGAGGGGGUCCGCGGGGGCGCGCGAUUCGGUGAGACGGACGCCGGGAGCGCACUGGAAAGAGAGAGCAUCCUCGGAAACAGAGUCGCGCGUUCGGGGCUCGGGGCUCAGACAGGCUCGCAGACAGGGACGGACAGAAUUGUUGCGCUCCGGGAUUGGGGAUAAGUAAAAGCUUGGGCUUGGGCCUGCGUAGCUGGACCGAAUUCGUGGGCGUGCUGGACGCGCUCCCCCGACUGCUCCUCUCCACGGCCGACCGACCGACCGCCGGACUUGCCUAACGUUCCACUCCAUCAUCGUCGCGUCAGUCUGCUCUCGUCGUCGUCGUCGUCGUCCUCAUCCUCCUCCUCUUCCUCUUCUUGUUCUCCUUCCUACUUCCUCCUUCUUCCAUCCUUCCUCCUCCUCCUCCUCCUCCUCUCCUCCGUAUUCUCUUCCUCUUUCUUGAUCCCCUGUGAUGUCUCUCGGCCCUGCAGCCGCUCGAGCUUCUGCAACCUUUUUCUCUGCCUUCCGCUCUCUUCUGCUGUAAUCCUUUUUUCUUUUCAUUUUCACUUGCGCUUAUUACCGUAAUUGAGCUGUGGUGGCAGCAGCCGAAACCGGCGCUGGAUUGAGUAGAAAAGCCUCACCACAUAAGCUCCAGGUUCAAAGAGGGACCUUGUCUCCUCCAGAGAGGUGGAGAGAGAGGGACAGAGCGAGGGGGAGAGAGAUAGAGAGAGCGGUGGGAGAUACAAGAUUGCGGAAUAAGCCGCAAUUCUUGCAUGAAGGUGAAUUAGGACGCACGCGAGCAGGCCGAGGAUAGAGAACAGUAGCUCCGGAGAUUACAGUCUUGGGUCUUCAUCCUCCAAUUCACAUCCAGUUGUCGCGGAGAAACAAAGGGAGGGAGGCGAUACACUUAGCAGACAUGACGACUUGGCCAAUGGCUGCGUUUUUCAACCAGGAAAAGGAAGCAGAAGGGGCUCUGUGGUACGCGGAUGCGGUCGUGUCGUUCUUCCUCGUGGUUUUCGCCGGGCUCAUGUCCGGAUUGACUUUGGGGCUCAUGUCACUGGAUGUUGUUGAUUUGGAAGUUCUGCAGAGGAGUGGUACUGUCAAAGAGAAACGGCAGGCAGCGUCCAUUACCCCUGUACUGCAGAAACAGCACCAGCUCUUGGUGACCUUACUUCUUUGUAAUGCUGGAGCUAUGGAGGUUCGUUUUUCUCUUUUAUGCUUUGAAUCCGCAUAUGUGGAAAGUCGGUGGUUGCGAGAGGGUUUGAUGGGGUUGAGAGAGCGAGCGUGAGAGGACGUGAGGUGCAAAGAGGGUGCCGGGUGGAGAUAGAUUUGGGGGUCUUGACUGGUAGAAACGUGGAGGUUACCAUGACCUUGUUGUGUUUCUUCCACAUUCCAGGCCGUUCUCCCUCAAGGCGAAUGUGUCCUUGGGCCAGAUUGAGCAGGUUGAAUCAUGCAAAACAUUAUAUUUCUGUGCUGCAUAUGAACCAUGAGCUGAGACCUGAGUACACACGUUGGAGCUGGGACGUGCUCUUCCUAUAUUUCUCGACAACAUGUUUAACCCGGUUGUAGCAGUCGUUCUGUCCGUGACAUUCGUGCUUGCGUUCGGCGAAGUCAUUCCUCAAGCUAUAUGCUCUCGCUAUGGGCUGGCCGUGGGUGCCAAUUUGAUAUGGCUGGUGAAGGUUCUGAUGGUUUUAUGCUUUCCAAUUGCCUACCCUGUCGGAAAGUUAUUGGAUCACGUGCUUGGACAUAAUGAUUCUGCCUUGUUCCGGCGAGCACAACUGAAGGCCCUUGUGUCCAUCCAUGGAAAAGAGGCUGGAAAAGGUGGUGAGCUUACUCAUGAUGAGACGACAAUCAUAAGCGGGGCUUUGGACUUGACCGAGAAGAUCGCGGAGGAGGCAAUGACACCUAUCGAAUCGACCUUCUCCUUGGAUGUUAAUUCCAAGCUGGACUGGGAAGCUAUGGGCAAGAUACUUGCAAGAGGUCACAGCCGAGUCCCUGUUUACGAAGGCUCUCAUCGUAAUAUAAUUGGUUUGUUGCUGGUGAAAAGUUUGUUGACAGUACGUGCUGAGGCUGAAACACCGGUCAAUGCGGUUUCUAUACGAAGGAUUCCCAGAGUCCCGGCUGAUAUGCCACUUUAUGAUAUCUUAAACGAGUUUCAGAAAGGAAGUAGUCACAUGGCUGCUGUAGUCAAAACCAAGAACAAGCGCAAGCCCAAGAGAAGUACCCUUGCAGAUGCAUUAUUUCCAGCUGGGACGGAGAAGAAAGAGGGCCCACAUAAGCAUCGUCAACUUCAACUUGAACACGACGCUGACCUUGAGAAGGGUCAAAUGGAGAAAAAUGAUGAGGCUCAUGGCAACGGUGCAGAGCGAAGUCACGACGAUUUGGGAGCAAAGGCCGAGCAAAGUGAAGGUCACACCGACGAGAACGGGGUACAUCACAGGCGUUCAGGUAGUCAGACGGAUGGGUCUGGAGUAGAUGAUGUGGAAGAAGGAGAAGUGAUCGGCAUUAUUACCCUGGAGGAUGUCAUCGAAGAAUUGUUGCAAGAGGAAAUAGUCGAUGAAACCGACGAGUACGUCGAUGUGCACAAGAGGAUACGAGUGGCUGCUGUUGCAGCAACCAUGUCACGUGUGGGUUCAAUUAUGAACCGUGAUGGAGUCAAAGUCGCUGGAUUAUCCGUCGGGGGCUCAUUCCGUGAUCGGAGAGAUGGAAGCAAAGUUCGUUUCACAAAUCCGGAGCCUCCCCGGGACCCUACCGCAGCCGCUUCAAGGAGUAAAGAUGACUUGCGGCAGCCAUUGUUAGAAGCGUCGGCAAACCAAGAGCAGGCUUGAGUAGAUAGAAGAGAUUACGCAAAGUUUUGACUACCAGCAAACUUGUGACAUAUCCCUCCAGCCAGAUGUGUUAUUUACCCUGUGUAUCCAACUUAUAGUGCAGAACCUGAACCUCUGGGAGAUUAGUUACCCUUUCAGGCCAGAACGGGGAAGUAACGCAGCUUCCCAGAAGCUCCUGCGAAUCAGCCGGGAUUAAGUACAUAUCUCAGGCUGUAUAUAGAAUUUGAGAGAGGUCUAUCUUGGCCUUUACAUUUUGAGUAAGUGCACGCACGCGGGUCUGAUUUUAUCAGAUGUUGUCUUGCCUUCGCUGUGACAUGUGGUUUAUCAACCUUGGAAAAAUCUUUCAAGGUUCGAAGAAUAUGUGACAUUUUUUUUCUUGGUCGUUGAGAAGUAAGUAAUGAAUGGAUGAGCUUGUUAUGAGCUUUGUCAUUAGGAUCUUCUAUGACUUCGUCACAAACAACUCUUUGUGUUCUGUAAAUAAAACUGAAACAUAAUUACUUGAUUUGUGUAAUAUUUUGUGC